GUUCUUCAUCUAACACGUUUUUUUUUUUCUCACUUUUUCGCGCCACCUUUCUUUGUUUCGCACUUUCAUACUUGUGCUGGGGCUCAUUCACUCUUCACCUCUUCAUCUCUCUCACUCCGGAUCACCCAAGAACCAGCAUCAUGAGACCCCAGCCAUCCGUAUUUCUGAGAGCACUCUGCUUGCUCCUCUCUAUGGCUCCUGUUUUCCAUGGAGCAUCAGCUUCCCUCAACACCACGAAUGUAACGGCUACAACAAUGACGUACAACACGAGUGCGACUGAAAGUGCAGCUCCUACAACCACACCCGACACCAACUUCAGCUUCGAGGAAACUCAAGACACGUCCACAAUCAUCACCACGUCCUCAGAAACCCGUAGCACAACAACGACCACGGUGCCGUCUAACGCUUCACCUACUGCCGCGACGACUCAGGCAAAUGUUGGAACUGUGGUGUGCUUGAUCCUCUUCUUCUGCUUCUUAAUCCUGCUGUCCUUCUGUGCUUAUAAAUGGUACAUUCACCAGGGACGUCCUUCCUGCCUGGAAAUUUGGAGACGUGUAACAGAAUGCGCAAGGAACGCCUGGGCAAUGGCUGUGGCGUGUCUGAGACCAUCUUCCAAAGCAGAGGAGGUGGAUGAGGAGAUGGAGGCAGGAAUAACAGAGGCAGAAGAACAGAAGAAGCAAGAAGAAGAUGCUGACGACGAGGACGACGACGAUGAUUCAUCGGACAAUUACUCGUGCAUGGACGGCACAGCAAUGAUGGAGAAGCCGAAAAAGGAUGAAGAAGAGGAUGGGCAGAGCAGUGAAGGAGAAGAUGAUAUGUCGUCAGUUGAACUCAAGGAUGAGAAGACGGAGCGAGAGAAGGACGAUCUUACGGUGCUGUGAAACAUGAUGGUGGUAGCACCAGAUCCGUUUCAAACAUUGGGUUUUUAAUUUGUGUAAAUUUAUUCUAAUUCAUUCGUAUGAUUGUAAGUAUUUUUUCCAAAUUAAUGAAAGGAAUUUUAGCUAAACGUGAGCACCUUUCAGAAUUAGAUUUCAGAACCUCUGUUUUUGUUUGUCACAGAUUUAUUUUUUUUAAAAGUAAUAUCCCCAAAUAUAUUUGAGCAAAAGGAACAAAAAAAUCUAAAUUAAAACCAGUCAAAAAUAGUAAGUAACUGCAUUUAACACAUCUCAAUUGAAACGUACUAAUAAUAUAUUAAGUCUCUUUUAUACUCCUGUAAAUAAAAUACAUUUGGGACGA